UAAUAAUACCCAUAAAUUCAUAUCCCACAAAUUCUAGACAUGGCGAUCUUCACGAUGAUGAAUUCUCUAGCAGCACUCCUCCUCUUCCUGAUCUCAUCUUCUUCGCUGAUUGCCGCCUCCGAUUCUCCAUUCAUCCUAGCUCACAAGAAAGCUACGCUCAAUAGGCUCAAAUCCGGCGCCGAAAAACUCUCCGUUUCAAUUGACAUUUAUAACCAAGGAUCUGCGACUGCAUAUGAUGUUAGUCUCAACGAUGAUGGCUGGUCUUCUGAUAUAUUCAGUAUCAUUUCGGGGAACACUUCAACCUCCUGGGAAAGGCUUGAUGCUGGUGCUCUUUUAUCUCACUCUUUUGAGUUGGAAUCAAACGUGAAAACAGUGUUCUAUAGCUCACCAGCUGUUAUUACAUUCCGUGUCCCCACAAAGGCUGCCCUACAGGAGGCAUAUUCAACCCCACUUCUGCCUCUCGAAAUCCUUUCAGACAAGCCUCGGGAGAGUACACUUGAUCUUGCUAAGAGGGCAUUGGCAAAGUAUGGAUCCUUAAUAUCUGUGAUCUCAAUCGUGGUUUUAUUUGUGUACCUGGUAGCAACUCCAUCCAAGUCGGGUGCUGCAAAGGGAAGCAAGAAGAAGCGUUGAUGAUUAGUGAGUCUCUGUGAUGUAAUUUGUAGAGACCAACCCCACCUUCUUGUGUUGCGACGGGACUUUUUUUUUUUGUAAAAUGGUUUUAAUGAGAUAUUCGGUGGUAGUUGUUUUAAUAUCUGUGAAAGGGUUGAUUAUGAACUACGAUGUUAGAUUUUGAGUUUAGAUGUGUUGCGGUAAUACAUGAAAUGGUUUAUUUUGUGUUUAAAU